CUGUUGCUAAGACUACCGUAGGUAGCCGGUCAACGGCACCAAGUGAAUCGGAUGUAUCAAUGUCUAAAUAUACAUUUAGUAUAGAAUUUACAUUUGUGCCAAGAGCAUCAUAAACAACUCAUUAUUGAAGAAUUCUUCCUUUCAUCAAUUCACUUGAUAGAUAUGGGAAGGUGGAUAUAUGUUACGAAAGUAUCUAAUUAUUUUUAUGGGAUCGUAUUUAUUCUAACAACUUGUAUGACAGCAUCGGUAAUCGGCGAGUCGUUGAUACAGUCAAAUUGCAGCAUUGAUCCUUGUAUGUACGGAAUUUGUUUGGAUAACGACAAUAGUAGCUCUUAUUCGUGUUAUUGUAUCGAUGGAUAUACCGGAAUUAAUUGUGAAAUUAAUUGGGAUGAUUGUUGGUCAAAUCCUUGUCUCAAUGGUGGAAUAUGUACAGAUGCCGUAGCAGCUUACAAUUGUACUUGUUCCGAAGGUUUUAUAGGAAUAAAUUGCGAGCAAAAGUAUAGUGAAUGCGCGAAUCAACCUUGUCUUAACAAUGGUACCUGUCUCGAUUAUGAUGGAUUUAUAUGUCAAUGUCCUGAUGGAUAUUCAGGUGAUUAUUGUGAAAUUGAUGCUUCGGUUUGUAACGAUACGAUUUGUAAAAAUUUCGGGGAGUGUGUCGAAGGACCAGGAUUUUCUUUCUUUUGCCGAUGCCCUGCAGGAUGGACUGGUCAAUUAUGCGACGAAGAUAUCGAUGAAUGUGUUACUUCACCGUGCAAAAAUGGUGGACUUUGUAUAAAUGUUCCGGCUACUUAUACGUGUGCUUGUUUGUUCGGUUUUACCGGCAAAGAUUGCGACAAAGUUAUUUUACCGUGUGAUCAAAAUCUUUGUCAAAAUGGCGCAGUGUGUUUACUCGAAGACAAUAAAUCAGUUUGUUACUGUGUACCUGAUUAUCAUGGAGCACUGUGCGAACUUAGAUAUGAUGAUUGUGAAUCAAAAUCAGCUAAUUGCGAAAAUGGUGGUACUUGUAUCGAUGGAAUCAAUAGUUAUACCUGUGCUUGUCCUCCCGAUUACAGCGGAAUUAUUUGCGAAGAGUACAUUAUCUCAUCUACAUCAACAUCAACGUCGUUUAUAACAAAAGACUCGAUAGAAGUAAAUGUUAGUAGUAUUAAGUCAACUGAUGUAUCUUCAUCGGAACCUACAUCUACGUCCAUUGUAUUCACUCCUACCAGCUCAAGUCUACAUCCUCAUCCGAUCACGUUAUCAACGACAGUUUCAAAAACUAUCGAUCAUUAUACAAAAUGGUAUCCCUCGAUAGAAACGACCUUGCCUACCCAAACAGAUCGAAACGUAAUUACGACCAGUACAGAAAAUGCGUCGUUUUUUACGGAGACAUCAUUAAUUUUUUUACAUACGUCAACUAGAAAAGAUACUUCAGAAACUCAUAUUGUAUCAGAAACAAGGAUUACCGAAGAAGAAACAGUUUCUUCUACAUCGGAGAUUUCUCUAGCGAGAACAGAACCGAUUAAUUAUCAUAACGUUACGGAUAGUACAAGAACAUCAGACGUUAAUGAAGAUAAUAUUACGGAAUCAUUUUUAUCGGUGUCAGCAUCGGCUCAUCAACAAACAAGUAAAGAAAUAAGUAGUACGCUACCAUAUACAGCAAGUACUAUUGGAUAUCAUCCAACGGUAGAAGUGACUGAUUCUAAGAAUAUUACAAACGAUACAACAACCAGAUCUAGUCGCGUGUUUACUGAUGCUACAACUGCAUCUGUUUUAGAUAGUGAUUAUUUUUCGGAAAAUACAACUUUAAUACAAAAUAUUUUUACAACGGAAUCCAUAGAACCGCCGAUUACUUCCUCGAUUGCAGGAGGAGAAUUAUCAUCCACGUUAACGUCAACGUCAACGUCCGUUAAUACUCCUAGAAGUUCAACAACUCAAUUUCUGCAACACAGCACUACUAUAAGUACCAUUGUAAAUGCAACUGAAACUACAGUUACUCUUGAUCUUGAAAAUAGUACAUUACAUACAAAAUACGAUCAAGUUCCCAUUGCGACAGAACAAUCGUCAACUAGUAGUGAAUGCAAUGAAAAUUCCUGUACAACUGGAACUACUAUACCAUCUGCGCGCAACGUAUCAGAAUGCAAUUGUACAGAACGGGAGGAAGAAUGCAAACGUAUUAAAAGCGCAGCGUUUAAUGGAAAGUCUUAUGCAAGGCAGAGUAUUAAUAUUAACGUUAAUAAUGAUACUAUGAGUCUUCGAAUUUAUGUUAAACUUAGAACACGAUUCAAGAAUGGUAUAAUACUUCAUGUAUAUUUUGACGAUGAACGUUAUGCUUUAAUAUAUUUAGAAAGUAGUAUAUUGAAAUUUCAAUUCUCGUGUGGUUUGGAAACAAUGUUACUUGGCGAGAUUGAUUCCGCCAUUAAUAAUGGAUUUGAAGCGGAAAUCGAUAUGAGAUUUGAAUACUAUAUUAUGAAUAAAAGUGAUAAAUGUUCUGCUAAGUUAUUAGUAAAUGGUACUACAGCCGUAAGUGGUGAACAAAUGUUAUCAUUCCGAGAACAUUUUCCACAUCGUGCUACUUUGAAUUUAGGUGGCAUACCGUUGGCCUUUUCCCAUUACUUUCCUCGUGUAGCUAUGGGAUUUAUUGGUUGCAUGAACUCAUUGAUGGUAAAUGGCCUCCAAAGAAAUUUUAUUCAUGAUUCUACAGAGACAUUUCAAAUUGAAGAAUGUACAUCAUUUUUCUGCUUAUCAAAUCCAUGUCAAAACUUCGGAGCAUGUGAAGAAAAUAAUGGUGCUAUUCGUUGUCAUUGCGUUGCAGGUUAUACAGGGACAUUAUGCGAACGUUCAAUAUGCGACGAGAAUCCUUGCUCACUAGGGGCAACCUGUAUAAGUUCACCGGGAACUGGUUUUAUUUGCAUUUGUCCUCUUGGAACUCAUGGACUUUUUUGUGAAGAAGAUACUAUUGUAAUUCGUCCGUCCUUUUCAAGUUUGAUACCAGGCUUCUCAUCGUAUAUUGCUUAUGGCGUUUCAAAUUCAAUUAAAGACACUAUGGAACUUAAAAUGAAACUCAUUCCACAUACUUUAGAUCAAAUAUCUCUUAUAGCUUAUUUAGGACAGAGUGGCUCACGCCAGGAAAUAUCAGAUCAUCUUUCUAUAACUUAUGUACGUGGUUAUAUAAUGUUAACGUGGGAUCUUGGUUCAGGUAAAUUAGUAUUUACAUUUAAUAACAGUUUCGGAGCAUAUGCUCCUAUUAGUGCAAUUAUCAUUCAUUUGUGUAGUGAUAUUUAUCUAGGCGUACGCAGGAUCUUCACAAAAACACCGUUAACUUCUAUAUCAGCUGUAACUGCACCAGGAAUGAAAAGUCAUAAUCCACAUACAUUACAUAUUGGAAGAACAGGUAGAGAUGCGUGGCUUGCUAUUGAUGAUACAUAUAAUGUUACUGGUCAGGCAGCUGGUAUUAUGUCUCAGCUUGAUGUGUCUCCUAUACUAUACAUUGGUGGUCACAAAUCUAAAAAUUUUGAAAUGCUACCACACGAUUUACCUUUACAUACUGGUUUUUCUGGAUGCAUAUUUGAUAUCGAAUUACGUACGAAAGAUACAAUCUUCCCAAUAACCAGUUCUAGUCCAGCUACUGGACGUGGCGUAGGAGAAUGUCAUCGUAACGAAUGUAUUCGUCAUUCCUGCAAAAAUGGUGCAGUUUGCUUGAACCAUGGUUCUACAUAUAGUUGUAUAUGUACGAAGGAUUGGACAGGCCCGGAUUGUUCUUUACCAGUGGAAAAACGUUUUUCUAGUAAUCUAUCAGCCUGUCAUAUAUCAAAUUAAUAAAUAAUUUCAAAAUGUCAUAAAAAGCUUAACAUAUUACUACAUUCUUUAUAUUUGUAUUAAAUUAUUACACGAACCUUGUGUGUUGAUAUAUUUUUAAUUAAAUAAUUAAUAAU